AUGGGAAAAAACAUCUCUGUUGCUAAGUUCUAUUGUCUACAUGUUACCAGCCCCUGGCCGAUCACCCUUGUUAAGACCCAUGGUCCUAGCAUGCUUCCUACAAUAGAUUUGAUGAACGUGUUUUUGGGGGAAAGGAUCCCAACUCGAUUUGGUAAAGUUGCUCUUGCUCGUGGAGAUAUUAUAGUCUUGCGCUCACCUCGAAACCCUAGAAAGUUUAUCGUCAAACGCUUGGUUGGAAUGGAGGGUGAUAGCAUUACAUACAAUUCUCGUACCCAGAAGACAAAUAAGCAUACGACAGUUUUGGUUCCAAAGGGUCACGUUUGGGUACAAGGAGAUAACAUUUACAAUAGUAAAGAUUCAACACAUUUUGGACCUGUUCCCUAUGGCCAUAUUCAGAGAAGGAUAUUCUGGAGGGUAUGGCCACUUGAAAAAUUUGGACCUUUCUGGAAAAAACAUCUGAAGCUUUCAACCAUGAGGUAGCAGUGGAGCUGGAGCAGCGGGCAAGAGGCCCGCAGAGUGAGCAGUGGAGUGCUUAACAUUUUGCAUUUUGUUGGCCGUGUGACC